GUAUUAUCACGUGACUGUCUCCGUAACCGAGUUAGCGCCAAUUACCUCUCGAAGGUUUUGUCAAACCUCACCUUGCAAGCUCCGACCUCAAGUCCUUAAUACCGCACCCCAUAUCAUCUCACAAUGGCGUCCCGCUUGGCUAGAAGCGCCGUCGGCGCAAACCUCCUCCGGCCGACCCUGGCCCGCCGUACCCUGCCCGCCAUCUCGGCCUCGAUCGCCGGCGCCCGCAACGCGUCUAACGUUCCCGCCGAGGACCCCAAGAAGAAGGCCCAGUCCAUCGUCGACUCCCUGCCCGGCAACUCGCUACUCUCCAAGACUGCCAUCCUUUCCUCGUCCGCCGCCCUGAGCGUCUACGCCAUCAGCAACGAGUACUACGUCGUCAACGAGGAGACCGUCGUCGCCUUCUGCCUGCUCGCCGUCUGGGGUGGUUUGAUCAAGUACGGAGGCCCGAUGUACAGCGAGUGGGCCCAGGGACAGGCCGACAAGAUCAAGGGCAUCCUCAACUCGGCCCGCGCCGACCACACUCAGGCUGUCAAGGGCCGUAUUGAGGACGUCCAGCAGAUGUCCAGCGUCGUCGACAUCACCAAGUCCUUGUUUGCUGUUUCUAAGGAAACCGCUCAGCUUGAGGCUCAGGCCUACGAGCAGCAGCAGAAGACCGCCCUGGCCGCCGAGGCCAAGGCCGUCCUCGACUCCUGGGUCCGCUACGAAGGCCAGGUCAAGGCUCGCCAGCAGAAGGAGCUCGCUGAGAACAUCAUCGCCAAGGUUACCAAGGAGCUCGAGAACCCCAAGGUUCUCCAGCAGAUCCUCCAGCAGAGCGUCGCUGAGGUUGAGAGUACGUACUGUCAUUCGAUCAUCCCCUCCUUCAUCGGAGUCUGCCGCACCAAUACUGAUUGACGCCCCGUUCACAACAGAGAUCGUCUCCUCCAAGGCCCAA